AUGCGCAAUGCGCGCCGGCGCCGCCAUUGCUGUCCUGUCAGUGAGGCGCUGGGAGCCGGCGGCCGGUAGAGCGGAGCAAUGGAGUUCCAGGCCGUGGUGAUGGCAGCGGGAGGUGGUUCCCGUAUGACAGACCUGACGUCCAGCAUCCCGAAGCCGCUGCUCCCGGUGGGCAACCGGCCCCUGCUCUGGUACCCGCUGAACCUCCUGGAGCGCGCCGGCUUUGAAGAGGUCAUUGUGAUUACAAGGAAGGAAAUCCAAAAGAUGUUAAACUUGGAUACAAAAAUGAAGCUGGAUUUUGUGUGCAUCAGUGACAACAUGGACAUGGGUACAGCAGAUUCACUGAGGCAUAUUCACCAGAAAAUUAAGACUGAUGUCUUGGUGUUGAGCUGCGAUCUGAUCACAGAUGUUGAUUUAUAUAAAGUUGUGGAUCUCUUUCGGACACAUGAUGCUACUCUCUCCAUGUUGAUGAAGAAAACUCACGAACCCACAGAAGUGGUACCAGGACAGAAAGGGAAAAAAAAGCCAGUGGAGCAGCGCGACUUCAUUGGAGUGGAUGACACAGGAAAAAGGUUGCUCUUCAUGGCUAAUGAAGCUGACUUGGAUGAAGAACUUGUCAUUAAAAGAUCCAUCCUUCAGAAGCACCCCAGAAUGCAUAUCAGAACAGGGCUGAUGGAUGCCCAUCUCUACUGUCUGAAGAAAUAUGUGGUAGACUUCCUUGUAGAAAACAGGACAAUCACAUCUCUCCGGAGUGAGCUGAUUCCACAUCUGGUUAGGAAACAGUUCUCUUCUCCUACAUCAUUGCAGCAAGGACUAGACAACAAAGAAGAGGACCAAAAGAAAAAAGAACAAGCAUCUCUAGACAUUUAUAGUUUCAUAAAGGAAGAUAAUAGCUUGCUGAAACCUGCUCCAGAUAACUCCUGUUGGAAUGAUCAUAGAGGAGAUAUGAAUGAAACUCUCCAUGAAGGAAAAGUGCGCUGCUACGUCCAUAUAAUGAAAGAGGGACUGUGCUUCCGAGUGAAUACCCUUGGGUUGUAUAUUGAAGCCAACCGACAGGCUCGCAAGCUAUUGCUUAAUCUGGGUCUGGAAGAGCCACUGGUUCAUGGAUCUGCACAGAUCACCGACAGAGGCAUGGUUGGAUCAGACAGCAUCAUUGGGUCAUCCACGCAAGUUGGGGAGAAGACGUCCAUUAAACACUCCAUCAUCGGCAGCAUGUGUACCAUAAAAGACAAAGUUAAGAUAACAAACUGCAUCAUCAUGAAUUCUGUUACAAUUGAGGAAGGGUGCUGUCUUCAGGGCAGUGUUAUUUGUCAUAACGCUGUGAUAGAGAAGGGUGCAGACAUCAAAGACUGUUUGAUUGGAAGCGAUCAAAAGCUGGAAACAAAAGCCAAACAUGUUAAUGAAGUCAUUGUGGGCACCGAACAGCUGAUGGAGAUAUAACCCGAGUAGGUUUUUAAAGAUGAUUUUAUGGAAGCCAGCAGCAGAACCAGAUGUUCAAGCGUCGUAAGAUCAUCCGUACGGAUCAGUACUGGCACGGUUUACCCUGUCAUUGCUCCUUUCCUGUUCAGCUUUAUAUUUAUGUCUUAAUAAAGAAGUAUUUACAGAGCGGUGUGUCGGCCGGCCCCCUCCCCCCCCCUCAUUGGGAUGCACGCGGGUUUGUGCCGGGUAAUAUCGGUUCCUGCGCGCCCGGCAAACGCACUGUACUUUUCCAGCAGAGGGGAGAGCGGGGACCACACAGGCUGUGCCCGCUCCGAAGAAUGACUUAGCCGCCCUCCCUGCCAUGUAAACCACGUCCCCGCGGUCCCGCGGCCACCGUCCCCCAGCCUGGGAGAAACCGCUCGGGAUGCGGCUUGUGCAUCUCAUCAACGCAGCAGGCGGGCAGCGGAACACAGGGGUAGCGCCGGCUGCUCUUUGCAGCCCGGCAGCUUCGCCAGCCUCCUCCUCCUCCUCUCCCUCUCCCUCUCUCUCUCUCUUUCUCCUGAUGCUGCCCCAUAGCACAGAAGCGUUUAAGCUGCGCCUCUUCUGUAGCGCAGUCGGGGAGUUUGGCACCCGUUUGCAUCAGGGCUGAGUUUGGUCCGUUACUUUGAAAUCCUGCCCAAGAAGGAGUGUGCGAGAGGGCUGGAUGGGGGAGUGCGGAGGGGAAGCGGGGCCUAAGCACUGGGUACUCUCUGCCCUGUUUUAAUGCUGCUUUCUCUUGUCGUUCUGCUCUUCCUAAUCCCGGACAAGAGGUCCCUCCCCACAUCUGGAUGAUCUGUGGAUGACUGUACCUACGUCUGCGAGAUGAGUCGAGCAUGCUAAUGUGAAACGCACAGCCUUGUGGUCAGGGGUUGUGCCAGGAUUGUAAAGCACCUGGAUGGGAUUGAAACACAAGCUGUUCUUUAACGUUUAUAAAUUGGACACGAGUUCCUGCCUAAAAGCUGUUUAUUGGAAUCUAGUAGGAUUCAACAGGACAUUUAUCUGCCCCUGGCAGUUUGACAUCCAGAGGUGCUUACAGUAACUGGCCGGGAUGAUAUUUCAUUAACUGAAGUGAUAAAUUUUAAAUGUGUGCUUCAUGGGCACCGGUGUCCCCGGAGGAAAAUUACCAUUUCCUAGCUAAUUUGACAGGAGAGAGAGAUUAUAAUCCAGACAUUCCCCGAGUUUCAUAAACAAAAUCCCUCCUCUGAAGGACCGGGUUGGAAUGGAAAGUUUGGGUGAGGAUGAGCUUGGAGGCCUUUGAGGAGCUGCAGAAAGAAGUAACGCGCUGCCGUUCGGCUCCGGCUUCGUGCCUUGUGUAUGUGCGCAAACAUGUUCCUCAGGUAGGAAGCCUUUUUCAUCCAAGGAUCGUGGAGGCUUUACAAAGGUUAAUUAAAGAGAGUUCUUGUCUCUGUGUGCGGCAAGGGAGCGGGGCAUCCAUUUUGGGUGUGUAGGAGCAGAAGCCGAGUGGAACGUAAUUACCUGGCUUUGCAUUUUACCAGAAGGCUAUGGCAAAGCUGAGAGAGGUCUCGCAGGGAUUUUGACUCCAGGUCCUUUUGCUUGAACACAAAGCCUUCCCCCUCUCUUUUUUUUUAGGAUACAUCUUAACUUCUGAAAAGUCUGCAUCCCCUUAUUUAGCAGCUACAGUCUUACCUCUUUGUGCCUUAAUUAUAUGUUAAAGUCUCAGUCCUUUUGUUUAGCUAAUUUAAGAAGAGGGUGGGGGGCUCUUUACUGUGUCGGUUAGAAUUUAGCAUUAAUUUAGUGUUCUCUGACACUUGAAAACCUGGCCGGGAUUUGAGGCGUUUUCUUUUCCUUUUUGCCUUUUACGACCUGCAGGUGUUUGGUGUGAGAUAAAAGUAGAUCCCAAAGUGAGAUUUCACAGCACAAAUUAUCAAAGUGAAGAUUCACUCUUGAUGUAGUCUACGUGUGUGGCAGUAAUUAUGAAAAAUAAUUCGGGAUAAUAGGGCCUUCAGGAAUCCCAAGGCAGGCACUGGGAGGUUAACCCUUCCCCAUCUAACCUGGUCUCCACGCUGCUAUCAUCGACAGGUGAGCAGAUGGUGGGUUGAGUCGGGCAACUUUACAAGCUGAGUGAUAAACAUUACGGUCUUGAAGAAAAUCAGGGAGGGGACCAAGGAAAUGAGGUUCUGUUCCCAGAUAGUUUUGGAUGUUUGGUCCUAGGUCAUGCAGACCUUCAGGAAGGUGCUACUGGUACGGGCUGCUCACCAGCUUUGAGGAACUGCUCACCUCUUGGCAAGUAAGUCCCCUCACUUUGCUGCUCUGUCACACCCAGGCAGCUGAGGGUCACCCAUCACGGUUCUAUUAGCACCAAGGUGGUCCUUUAUAGAAGACAUUUCUCUGAAAAGAUCAUAGAAUCAUAGAAUCAUGAAGCUUCCCAGCUCUGCAAGCGCUGAUGCUUCCUGGACAGGCUUUUCCUGAACGCUUCCUUGGCAGAUGUACAGCUGGGGUUGAUGUGAGAAGGUUCUUGCAGUGACAUGUCACGUGCUGCAUCUGCAGGCGGUAAAGCCAAGGCUGGUGAGGUCCCCAGCUGGCAGCACCUUCGGCUCCUGGGUUUCACUGAGCUCUCUCCUGCCAGUGAAAACUCCUAAAAGGCUCAUUCUGUGGCCAGGGCGGCAGGUUGGUGGGUGCAGAGCCUGGUGGUGGUGUGUACUUCUACCCGUGGGUCCUGCACCCCUGGCACACCAUGAUCAUGGCACCAUCACUUAUUGCUCUGCCUGUGGAGUAGGAUAGAGCCUGGCCUCCAGCCAGUGCCUUGUGUGGUAAUGAGGAACCCCGAGCCUUCAGGGGCCCCUGCAGCGAGGUCCUUCCCAGAAUGUUUGCAGCCAAGCCCAUUUGCCAGGGAUUUGGGAAAAGCAUUUGUUGGGCGGUUACAGAUACCCAGAGCCGUGGCUCGCCUCCCUCAGCCGUUGGUGUUUGCUGUUGUCAUCUUCCAGGAAGCAGCAGCUGAUCUGAUCCCUUGGAAUCAUAGAAUUGUCUAGGUUGGAAGGGACCUUUCAGAUCAUCUAGUCCAACCAUCAACCUAACACUGACAAAAACCAUCGCUAAAACAGAUCUCUAAGCACUAUCCUUAGUAGUCCCUUCUGCAGUUGAACCAGAGUGGAUGGCUCCCAUCUUCUUGGCUGCCUUGAAGUGGAGCCACAUGAGGUGGGGGCGAGCAGCUAGCCAUUCCUGGGGACAGUGGGCUUCCUACUCUGGUGGCAUUCAAAGGGACACAGAACCUUCUUUGCAUCAGGCUUUGAUCUCGCUUUUGAGACACUUUUUUGGCUUUUGGGCAGGAAGGGGAGAGGAAUAUCAGGCUGAUGGCCUCAGGUCCAGAGGUCUGGCUCCCCCGUCAAGUUGAUGCUGUGUGUGCAGCCCUAGCAGUAGGACUCUCUUGAACCUCUUGGAGCUGGGCAUCAUGAGGACUCGCCAGUCUUUUACUACCUCCAGUCUCCAAGGUUUGUUGAGCAGAACCCUGUUACUCCUGCUGGCUUCCUUGCUGGCUUCUUCCCCCAACUUUCCUUCCUCUGGCUGCUUGGAAAGAGUGGUUUUUACUCUGCCCUGCCCAUCCUUUGGACUUUGCUGGUGGGACCUUCUCAUCCUGGGAGACCAGAAUUUUCCUUAUAAACCCUUGCAGGUUUGGGGGACACCGGUGUGUUCAGGAGAUGCCUUGCUGCCUCCAUGCUGGCCCAAAUCCAUAGCCAGGGCCAGUGUCUGCUCUGGUGCUUGCCCUGGUGCCUUGCAAGGAGCAGGGUUAGAUCGAGAGGGGUUGGAUUGAGAUUCCUCACAGAGGAAUCACCAGUGACGGUGUGAUGACCACACAUUGCCCAGUGCAUGGUACAGCCCACUCCCCGGGUACCGCCAGUCCCUGGGCACCGCAGUGGCCAUCAGUGCCACCCUCCUGUCACACACGGCCAUUCCUGUGGCCUUUGGUCACCUGUUGGUAAGGACUGGAGGCUGCAGGGGGCUGAUUCCUGGAUCCUGUCGUUUUUCACUCCAUCUCCUGGGAGUGAAGGUCCACAGCCGUGCUUGUGCCUCCCAGACGGGCCGGCAGACGAGAACUUCCUUCCAGGCCCUAUAGACAGACAUUUUAUAUACGUUAAAAUGCGUGUGUAUAUAAACAUGGAAAGCAAGAGCUUGGGAGAGCUUGAGUCUAAAUAAACUUGUAUGUUUAAGGCUUUUAAAA